AUGGCUUGCUUUGCAAGGACUGAAACAAACUUAGACUCCGAUCAAUCAACUCUUCUUGCCUUCAAAGCUCAAAUCAGGUUUGACCCUCAAAAUAUUCUGGUAAAAAAUUGGUCCACCACCACCCCAGUUUGCAAUUGGAUUGGCAUCUCUUGUGGCGUUCGUCACAAAAGAGUCACAGCCUUGAAUCUUCCCAACAUGAGUCUUAAUGGCACCAUUUCUCCAUAUCUAGGAAAUCUCUCAUUUCUUGCUUCCCUCAAACUCAGUAACAACACUUUCCACGGCCAUGUCCCCGAGGAGUUGGGUCAUUUGCGUCGAUUGAAGGAAAUUGAUUUGGGAUACAACUCUCUUAGCGGGGAGGUUCCAUCAUGGAUUGGAAUCUUACCAAAACUUGAAGUCUUGAUCAUGCAUUAUAAUAGUUUCACUGGUGUUAUCCCGCCUUCCCUUGGCAACAUCACUAGCCUUGUGGUGAUGCGGUUAUCGGUUAAUCAUCUACAAGGACAUAUUCCAAAAGCAAUUGGUGAAAUCCCACAUGAGAUAGGCUAUCUGAACUUGGAGGUAGUAUCCAUGGCGAAAAAUGGACUUGUCGGUCACAUACCAUCUUCUAUUUUCAACACCACUUCUUUAAAGUUCCUUAGUCUUGAUGACAAUAACUUGUCUGGGAGUCUACCAUGGGAUAUGUGCUUGGAUGCUCCUAAGCUUGAGACAAUCUUUCUUUCCUAUAACAAGGCAGUUACGGGAGACAUUCCCACAAGUAUUGGGAACUGUACUUCGCUCAUGGUUCUAUAUCUUGGUGAUCUUAAUUUGACAGGUGCUAUUCCACAUGAAAUUGGCAAUCUUAACAAUUUGGUUGAUGUAGACAUGGGUUUCAACCACCUCAAUGGUCCAAUUCCAACAGUAAUUUUCAACAUCACAACACUAGAAAUCAUAUUCCUUCAGAACAAUCAUCUUUCAGACACUCUUCCAUCAAGUAUGGGCAUUUGGCUACCUAAUCUUAAAGAAAUAUAUCUUGGAUGGAAUAAUUUGAAUGGAAUUGUUCCCAACUCCAUCUCAAAUGCUUCUAGAAUCACCAAAAUAUAUUUUGGUUUCAACCAAUUCUCUGGUACACUACCCAAAUCAUUGGGUAGCCUAGAACUCCUUGAAGAUCUUGUGUUGCCAUGUAACAACUUUACCAGUGAAUCCUCAUCUAUGGGGUUAACCUUCUUCACUUCUUUGAUAAAUUGCAGACAACUAAGGGUAUUGAGCAUAUCUGGAAAUCCUUUCAAUGGCAUUCUUCCAGUUUACAUUGGCAAUCUCUCCACUUCUCUUUAUACUCUCCAUGCAAGCAAUUGUGCAAUUAAGGGGAACAUUCCUAAUGAGAUCGGCAAUUUAACCAAUUUGGCAUUCGUGGACCUUGAUCACAAUGACAUAGAUGGAUUGAUUCCGCCGACAAUCAAAGAGUUGUGGAAACUUCAAAUUUUGCAUCUUGAACAAAACAGAAUACCAAGAUUUAUUCCGAGUAGUGUCUGCCAUUUAAGGAACCUAGGUUUUCUAGAUUUGAGCAAAAAUGAGUUUUCUAACUCUAUACCAACAUGCUUUGAAAAUAUUACUUCUCUAAGGUACCUCUAUCUGGAUUCUAAUAAAUUAACUUCCAACAUACCCACAAACCUUUGGAGACUCAAAGAUCUUUUGGAGUUGAACUUGUCUUCAAAUUCUUUAACCGGGUAUAUAUCACCAGAAAUUGGAAGGCUUAAGGUGGUGACAAAAAUAGAUCUCUCGAAGAAUCGAUUAUCAGGUAUUGUCCCUAGCACAAUUGUAGGCCUACAAGGUCUGUCGUUUCUAUCAUUAGCACAUAACAGAUUGCAGGGACCCCUACCUGAGUCACUUGCAAAAUUGGUAAGCCUAGAGUUUUUGGAUUUAUCUCAUAACAAUAUCUCUGGAACAAUUCCAAAGUCCUUAGAGGCGCUCUUGCUUCUAAAAUACCUCAAUGUAUCUCACAAUAAAUUAAGAGGAGAAAUUCCAAAUGGUGGACCUUUUGCAAAUCUCACUUAUCAGUCUUUUUUGCCAAAUGAAGAUUUGUGUGGUCCACCGAGGUUGCUAGUGCCUCUCUGCAAGAGUAGUUCUCUUAAAAGAUCAAAGAAGAAAAGAAUACUUCUAGCUACAUAUAUCUCACUGGCAGUUGGAUCUACUAUUUUGGCCUUGGCCUUGAUAUUCUUUUUGAUCAAACAAAAAAGGAGAAGUCAUAUUCCCCAUGAAAAUGAUUUGUUACCUGCAAUAACCCAUGGAAGAAUUUCAUACUAUGAACUUCGACGUGCAACUCACAAGUUCAGUGAAAUCAACUUGCUUGGCAAGGGUGGAUUUGGUUCAGUUUACAAAGGAAUUUUGACGGAUGGGACACAUUUGGCUGUAAAAGUUUUCAAUCUGCAACUGGAAGGUGCAUUCAAGUGCUUUGAUACAGAAUGUGAAGUAUUGCGCAACCUUCGCCACCGAAAUCUGACCAAAGUUAUCAGCAGUUGCUCUAAUCUUGAUUUCAAAGCAAUAGUCCUCGAGUAUAUGCCCAAUGGAAGCCUUGAGAAGUGGUUGUAUUCCCAUAAUUAUUUCUUGGACAUCUUGCAAAGAUUAGAUAUAAUGAUAGAUGUCGCACAUGCAUUGGAUUAUCUCCACCAUGGCUACUCGAGUCCUGUGAUCCAUUGUGACUUAAAGCCCAGCAAUGUCAUGUUAGAUGAACAUAUGGUUGCACAUGUUAGUGAUUUUGGCAUUGCAAAAUUACUGGGUGAGGAGAGUACUGCACUAACCAAGACUCUGGCAACAUUAGGGUAUAUUGCACCAGAGUAUGGAUUGGAAGGAUUAGUCUCUACAAGGUGUGAUGUUUAUAGCUAUGGCAUUAUAUUGAUGGAGACCUUUACAAGGACAAAUCCCUGUGAUGAAAAGUUCACUGGAGAUUUGAGCCUCAAGAAUUGGGUGAAUGAUUGCCCACCAAAUGAGAUAAUCCAAGUUAUAGAUGCCAACUUAGUAAUGCUAGAAGACGAAUACUUGACUCUGAAGGUGCAAUGUGUAUCAUCCAUAUUGGAAUUGGCUUUGAAAUGCUCUACAGAAUCACCUGAAGAGAGGAUUAGCAUGAGGGAGGUUGUCGAAGCUCUCCAAAAGAUUAGACUUCAAUUUCUUGAAAAGUGUGAAAGGCCUUGA